ACCAGCGAAAAUAAUUUAGUGAAAAUCCAACAUGGCGACCUUCAAUGUAGAAAACGUGAACAAAUGGGAGACUGUCUCCAAAAAGAAGAAAGCUUCCACUUCAGACAAAAAGGCGGCCAGGAAAAACUUUGCAAACACUGCGCAGACAUUGGAUGUAGCAGUCCCUUUGAAAGAAUCAGAAACGGUCUUUGAUGCCUUCAGCCAAAAGCAGAAUGCACAGGAUCCCCAGCCCUCCACCCGGGCAGACCCCGACAGCCCCUCUGGUAAAAAGGCCGCCGGCGACGCCUCAAAGAAGGCACCCGGCGGUGGGCAGCAGCAGCAGCAGAAGAAGAAGAAGGAUAAAGAGCCGGCUCGAAAGGCCGAGAAGGGAUUUGAAAAUCUGGUGGAGGCAUUGAAAGCGCUGGAUCCCAGAGAGCUGAAGGCUCAGCUGAAUGACGUCCAGACGAGAUGCCCGGAGUCAAGAUCGUUGUGGCUUGGUGAUAUCGUUGGCUUUAUGAAUAAAAAGUUAGUAACCAAGGAGAGUGACCCAGUGUUCAGCGAUCAACCUCCCACUUAUCCGUUAAGCAAAACAAGCAAACACUUGUUGGACUUCUUGAACGCCACACUGAAGAGCUACAACGCCGACAUGCUGAAGGCGUUCUUUGACUACUGCAUCAGGGAGCUAGCCGGGGAUCUCGGCAAAGGUCAAGCAGCAGUCAAUGGCUACCGGGUUUUCAUACAACUUAUCGCGUCCAAACACCCAGAGUUUGUCACAGAAUCCAUGGACCUUUACUUAACCAUGGUGAGAAGGAAACAGAAUGAAAAGUCACACUGCCUGUCCGUCUUGUGGUCGUGCGCUCAAGCUGGAUACAGUGACCCCAUUAUUGGACUGCAAGUAUGGUGUGGUUUGAUGCUACCAUUGCUUGGUGUUAAGCCGGCCUCCGCGUAUGCCAUGGCCAAUCUGGACAGAAUAUUGAAGCAGAAGAUGGACAAGCAGAAGGCCCAUGAGGUCCUGGGGCCCAAUCAGUUCUUUCCCAUCGUGGACUUUGUCUUCACACCAGGGACUGCACUCCCAGCCCAACUGCAGAAGCAACUCCUUAAGCAUUACUCCAAACUGAAGAGCAUAGCCUUUGGAACUCAUCCAGAAACCACCCUGCGGCAUUUCUUUCCCUCGCUGUUAGCAAGAACGACGGUGAAUUGCCCGGAGCAGAUGAAGAACGAGCUGUUGAACACCCUGAUCAUCUGUCUGAGUACGGACCACCACUGCUUCAGCAAAUGGCGCCAGAUGUACGACACGCACCUGUCGCAGUCUAGUGUGCUGAUGAACCACAUGCUGGCAUCGUGGGAGAAAGUACAAAAACAGUUACCAAAGCAACUUCUGAAGGAGACCGUCCGCGCGUUUCACCUGACCAACGAGGACAUGGCCAGCGCAAGAAACGGACGAUCAGAACACGAGCAGUGCAAGCUAGCAUGCAAGGAAUUGCUGGAGCGAAUGAGUGGCUUCGAGUUUCCAUGGAGGAGUAUCCUGACUACGAUAGCUCUUGCCGUGAUCACAUUUAUUGCCUUUGAUGUGUAUAGCCACAAAGGAUUCCACGGCUCUCUGACGCAAGCAUUCUUUGAGCGGUCUGGCAUCUCGGCGGUGUGCAAGCAAGCCUGGACUAAAAUCAGUCUCUACCUGGGCAUUGCAGUCGACUGGGCAUCUGUCAACAUCCCCAUCUACUACGUCAAGGCAGCUGAGUUGUGCGGACCCUACCUGGUACUGAUGAAGGACAAACUCUAUGCGUUAGUCCUGUAUCUGGCUGAACUGACCGCGCCUUUAUGGGCGUGGCUCAGACUAAACGUCCCCAUUGCUCUAGAGUGGAUCAAAGCCCAGAUUCCAAUCCUCUGGAACCUCCUCUGGGGCUACCUAGUCUUAGUAUGGGACUUCCUCUCCCCUUACCUCGUCACCUUCUGGAGGACCAUCUCUCCUUACCUAGAGGCAUUAUGGGACGGCAUCCUGCACUACUCCGUCCUUCUCUGGACGUCCACGCUGCCAUAUUUGAAAGCGGCCUACCAGUGGUUACAGCAAAUGCUCAACACGUCGUAAUCAGAUGGACAGCUGUCAAGACUUACGAGACAUUCCAGGCGAGCAGGCUUUUUCCCCUCUAAUAAUUUGGACUACACUACAUGAGAAAGUACAGUUCCUUAGAUAUAUCGUUGUGUCAGUGCAAAAACAUCGUAACUUCCAGUUUUUUCAAAAUUCAGAUUUGUGUGUAUUUUUAUCAAGAUUUACCCAUAAAUUAUUACAGGAGAAUUUCAUUGAAAAAUAUUGCGUCAUUGUAUUGUUAUUGAUUAAAGUCAUAAAGUCGUAUCUCCAUUACGAGGCUGAACUUUUAAGCAAAAAGUCGUAUCGCAGCACAUUUAUAUGCAAAAUGCCAUAUGGUCGUAAGGGUGUUUGUGCAAAAACAUUGUUGGAAAACAUCUCAAAAGUAUUCCAAAUUCAUAUGCUUGUACUGAUGUGACAAUAGUGAAGUUUAUUUUUGCAUUUUCUUGAAACCAGAUUAUCAGAAUAAGAAUAUAAGACAAAAUAAUUUCUAAUUUGUAAUAAAAAAUUAAGUAGGUGGAAAAUACGAGAAACAAAAAUAAAAUGGAAAACACGAGAAAUAUUAAACUAGAGAUUAUUCGUACACUGAAUAAGAUGCUUCUGGGAAUUAU